GUCGCAGGCGCAGUCAGUCACGGCCAACGCACUAGACGUGACGGCCGUUAUGCGAUAAAUGAUACAAUUUUAAUUGUACUAGUGUUAAAAAACAUAGUUUGGUUAUGGCACCGAACAAUCAACGUCAAGUCAGUUUCCCCAACCUUCCCUACCCUCAUCUUCGAGAUAUACCCCCAAAGACGGGUCGACAAUGGUUGGAUGGUAAAAGAAAACAGGAUGGAGCUGAAAAUCUUUGGAGGAUUCACGACAACCUGUAUGAUUUGACUGAGUUUAUCUCCUCACAUCCCGGAGGUACCCAGUGGCUAGAAUAUACUAAAGGCACUGAUAUAACGGAACAAUUUGUUACACAUCACUUAGGUGGUGUCGCCGAAUCAAUCAUCCCGAAAUAUUUUGUUCGAAAGGCGAAUUCGCAACGGAAUUCACCCUUCACAUUCGCCGAAGACGGCUUUUAUGUAUCACUAAAAACAAAAAUCGUUGACAAGAUAAAAGAUAUACCGAAGGACGCGAGAAAGAAGAGCGACAAUGUAACUGAUGCGUUACUGAUUCUUUUUAUAAUUGGAGGUCCUUUAUGCUGUUGGAUUUGGACACAGAAUUUGCUGCUCGGUCUUGUGUCAACAGUAAUACUUGGCUACGUACUUAGUGCUCUAACAGUCUGUGCCCACAAUUACUUCCAUAGAUCUGACUCUUGGAGGAUGUAUUUGUUUAACUUCAGUGGAUUUUCUUACGCAGACUGGCGGAUAACUCACGCAAUGUCACAUCAUCUGCAUACAAAUACGGCCCAAGAUAUAGAGAUAGGGCUAAUAGAACCCUUUCUUCAGUUCAUGCCAAAUCCGGAUAAACCAAUUUGGGCCCAAAUGGCAGCUUUUUAUUAUCCCAUCGUAUUUGCUUUCGUUUCUCUUGGAUGCCUUUUAAAAGAGGUUGCUGUUGGAAUCGUUGGAUACCGUGGUGCUUCAAUGACAUGGGCUCAUACCCUACCAUACACUGUACCAGUAUGGAUGUGGCUAGCUAGCGGGCUAUAUCUUCCUUGGACGAUCGCUAUCUGGUUGCUAUCACUAAUGAUUGCAAGUGAAUUUUUCAUGGUGUACGGUCUUACAGCAGGUCACCACGCCCAUACCAAUUUCUUUGAAGGAGAUGUCCCUAGAUCAGAGCAGCUCGACUGGGGUAUUCAUCAACUGGAUACAGUUAUAGAAAGAGCGGAAUAUGCUGGAAACCACUUCAAAUCAAUCACGAGGUUUGGAGAUCACGCCCUACACCAUCUCUUCCCAACGCUGGAUCAUGCUGAGCUUAAAUACCUUUACCCAACUCUUUUAGAACAUUGUGAGAAGUUCGAAAUGCAACUUCGAACCACAACCUUCUAUGGAGCCCUAUUGAGCCAAAGCAAACAGCUGAUUCGGAAGCGGCCAAAUAAUUUCAGAGAGAAAAAAAUAAAAUAGACUGACCCCCGUAUUUAUAAAUACUAAAUCGGUCUUGCACCGUACAUAAAGUAUCUCUUUCCAUCAAAGCAAAAACCCAAAUGGAUAGAGAGAAACGAAUGAGUACUUUUAUUGAAAUAGUAUAAUAAGGGGGUUAGGGUAAGUGUAGACUUGUCGCAAAUAACUCCCAUAAGUCAAACUUCAAAGAGUUGGCAUGCCAGAGUCACACUUAAGUUACAACUUUGAAGAUGAUUAGAUUCUAGUACUAAUUGUGCUUUAAUAUAAUUCUAAAUAUAUAUGUGAGUCUGUGAUAUUGAAGUAAGGACACGAGUAUGUAUUAUGUAUUAAGAAAUUCACAAAAUAUUUUUUGUUCUUCUCACGUCAUUAUGUUAAAGGCUAAUGGAAACAAAAAAUUCCAAGCCAACAAAAACUUGUUCUGCAACUAAUGUUUAAAAUAUCUUAUUUUAACAGCGAAGAUUUAAUUUAUAAUAUUAAUAUGAUUGACACAGAUCUUCUAAUUGGACCAUAUGUACUAAGCAACGCAUAGAUUUAGCAAACAUGAUUCGGAACUAAUCACCUUGUACUAAUUAUGGUAUUGAGACUUUGAUUAAACCGAAUCUAAAUUAAGACGUGGUCGCUUAACUAAUUUUGUAUUUCAGAAAUGUAUAAUGAAUUAAAAUUAUGUUUUAUA